UGGCAUGGCUGUAGAUAAUGCCUGAGAUAUGGCAAUGCUCUGCCGGGCUCCGGCGGCUGUAUAGUUCUCCCCUACCAAAACUUUGAAUCCUUUCUUUAUUCACAGUUUGGCGUGACUCACGUGCAAACGGUCGUUCGCUCACGUCAGUGAACUUCUGGAGUUCCAUUCCAACCCUCCCGCGCCACAUCAUUGGAAGUAUAUAUAUCGGGACAGUCGUUUCCUUUACUAAGUUAGUGAAGUUUUUAGUUUUGUCUCUGAUGUUAUGAGCGGUAUAGGACGUGGGAGAGCUAGUUAGUGCAUUAAGGUAUCCCCUGUCUGCGGAUUAAGGAGAAACCAGGAUAAAAGAAUCAUGGUACUGGGUCUGACUGAGUCCACAAUGCCGUAUAAAGGCCAGAAGUAUUACAAGAUCAAAAGUUCGUGCACACGUAACAGUAAAUUGUUCGUGGACACGGAGUUCCCGCCCUCCGGAGCCUCCCUGUUCUUCAGUCGCCCUGCCCCAGCCGAUAUCGUCUGGAAACGCCCGGGUGAUAUAUGUGCAAGUCCAAAGUUUUUUACGGAAGGAGCGAGUGCUGAUGAUUUCUCCCAGGGAAGCUUGGGUAAUUGUUGGUUUGUAGCCGCGUGUGCCUGCAUCGCAGAGGAUUCCAAACUCUGGAAAAAGAUCGUUCCGGACUCCGACGAGCAAGAAUGGCUGCCUGGGAAGAAGUACGCUGGAAUAUUCCACUUCAAAUUCUGGCAGUGUGGUCAGUGGCUAGAUGUGGUCAUCGACGACUAUCUCCCCACCCGCUACGGUAGACUCAUCUUUGCACAUUCCAAGAGCGGAAAUGAAUUUUGGCCUGCCCUUCUGGAAAAAGCAUAUGCAAAGUUAUUCGGUGACUACGAGUCGUUGAUAGCUGGGAAGGCACGUGACGCUAUGGUGGAUAUGACGGGCGGUGUUGGCGAGGGUAUAGAGCUGGAGGAGUAUCGAUCUGUGGAGGAAAAGAAAAAACUUUUCAAGAUCCUCAGGACCUCCUUUGAAAACAGAUCCCUCAUGAGCGCUUCCAUUAGGGCAACAGGUUCAGAGAUGGAGUCUCAGCUGUCAUGCGGAUUAGUAAAGGGACACGCCUACAGUAUCACUGCCGUCAAGAAAAUAAAGCUAGUCGGUAAAAACCUUUUCGCAGUAUUCAACCGGACGAAAAUGAACAUGAUACGGUUAAGGAAUCCCUGGGGAGGAACUGAAUGGAGGGGACCAUGGAGUGAUGGGUCCUCUGAAUGGAAAAAGGUUAGUGAAAGCGAUAAGAAGGAACUUGGGUUGACUUUCGACGACAACGGUGAAUUCUGGAUGGCGUUCGAAGAUUUCUACAGAUACUUUACCUCCAUGGAUAUAUGUCACAUGAUCAAUACGUCAUUCUUCUCCUUCAAGAAAACCUGGAAACAGGAUAAGUUCUGCGGAGAGUGGAAACGUCCAGACAGAUGUGGUGGGUGUGGAAACAAUGGGUCUUUCCUCAACAACCAACAGUACGUGUUUACCGUGGAAGAGGACGAUGGGGAGGUCUUACUUUCACUGGAACAGUGGGACAAACGAAUCGACAAGGACAAGGGCAAAAGCAACUACACCAUCGGCUGCACUGUGAUGAAAACUGAUUUAAACCGGAAGUUCCGUAUGCAUGACAGAAUGGACAGAGUGCAUUCUGGUCCGUUCUCUAACGCACGUGGUGUGUUCGCGCGUAUCAACCUGAAGUCUGGAACAUACUGUAUCAUACCUUCUACGUUUGAGCCAGGGAAGACAGGCAAAUACUUACUUCGUGUCUUCUGUACAACUGCGCCGUUGAUGAGGGAACUUGUGCAUGACAAGCCCCUUCCCCCACAGAUCUGUGGCAUAAAGGGGAUCAAGAAACCCAAGGUAGCCGCUACUCAAAUAACGAUGGUGCGAGCGGAGGCUCUAGAGGCGCAGGAUUGGGAUGGAGCCUCUGAUCCGUACUGUGUAAUAUACUGUAACAAGAAAACCCAGCGGACUAAAAGCAUUCCGGACACGGUCAACCCGGAAUGGAACGAGAGGGUGACGUUUUAUAGACAGAAGCCUGACAAAGACGUCCGCAUUGAGGUUUGGAACCAUAAUAUCAUCAAAGACGGGUUCAUGGGGAUGUGUUUAUUACCCAUGUCGGACAAGAAGUCCUACAGGGGAGGGAAUACUAUAAGGCGAUUUGAACUCACUGGUCGAGGAAAAGAUAGCACAGUAAAGCGACGAGGGUAUCUAUGGCUGAAGGUGCUACACAGUGAAGAUAUGUCACACGUGUGAUAGCGCAUAUGUGAUGAAGAUAUAUCACACGGGUGAUAGCGCAUAUGUGAUGACGAUAUGUCACACGUGUGAUAGCACAUAUGUGAUGAAGAUAUGGCACCCGUGUGAUAGCGCAUAGUGAUGAAGAUAUGUCACACGUGUGAUAGCGCAUAUGUGAUGAAGAUAUAUCACACGUGUGAUAGCGCAUAUGUGAUGAAGAUAUGUCACACGUGUGAUAGCGCAUAUGUGAUGAAGAUAUGUCACGUGUGAUAGCGCAUAUCUGAUAAGACGACUGACAUAGUUAAAACAAACUGCCUUGCUCAAAAUUUGAUCAUGAUUCAAUUGACGCCUAACUUUAAUUUUCUGUGACAUAUGCUGUGUGUAUAUAUGGUUUUUACAAAAUGUCUUGCACGGUAAGCAAUGAAAACAUGCUUAAAAACAGAAAAUCUCUAAACAAAGGCCGAUGCACUGGGGAAAAUUUCAAUGAAACAUCAUUACAUCGUAUACUUGUAAUCUGGAAAACCAGUUUGACGGAUCUAUACACACCAUCCACCAAACUGUUCGUGCAAUCGAUAUUCAAUCCAAUGUAUCUAGUCCAACGUUAUUUCUACCGCUGUUCUCUAUCUGUACAUUUACAGUAAAACCUCGUUAUGCUGCCACCAUUUGUCACAGGAUAAAAGCCGGUAUAAAGGGAUUUGGCGAUAAGUUGAGGAAAACAUCUAAAGGAAUUCAUAAGAAAAAGAAAAAAAGCAACAUUAAUAUAUUGGCGGUAAGUGAGGUGGCAAAUGGAGUAUAAGGCAUUAUAUCGAGGUUUCACUGUAUAUACACUAUGGUAUUACUGUAAUAGUUUUUUUCGUGGUACCUUAUUUUCGCAUCUUAGGUAAAAAAUUACGAAACCUUUUUCUUGCCGAUUUUAGGUCUAGUUGUCAUGGCACACAGUACCACGGUGCAGAUGAAGUAAUUUGCUAUUUUCAUCAAAAAUAACUUUUAUAGUGUCAAAUAUUCGUGCAUAUAUUAAUUGUGUAUAUGCACACUGAUAUCUUCAGAUGGAGUUGUAGGUAUCAAUAUAGUACCGUAGAAUUAUGUUAGCAUCAACGCUACAUAAAUGCACAAAUAACGUAAACUGCAAACAGAAGGUAAUUUAUUUUUUAGGUACAACAGUACAAAGAAACAGUCGUUACACUAAAUAAUGAAACUCCGUUAUUUGUUUCUAAAGGGGUUUAAUGCAAAGCAUAUUUUACUGUUAUGUAGGAUUUGGCUGCAGUAGUUUCAAACUAUGUAAGAGCACAUGACAUUAAAUUUAAUGUAUUCAAGUGGAUUUUUGUCACAGUUAAAUUUUUGACUUUUUCGCUUUCAAGAUAAAAGGGCAAAGUUUUCAUGGCAGAGAAUAUUAGCACACAACAUACAUACUUUAUUUGUGCAGGGAGAAAUGGCUACUGGACGAUUAUGGAUUUUAUAGGUGAAAAGCGAAUAUUUGACUGGGGGAUUUUUUUCCGGUUAUAAUUGUUAUUGAUAAAAGUAUUUGUGUAUAUAAAUGUAUUAUAUUGCGCUGUUAUAUCAGCUGUUACUAAUAUAUAUAACGCAAUUAGAUGCUAAACUAACUCUUAGUAGUAAGCCAGUGCUUACGUAGGCUGGGCUCUUGUAAGCUUACAUUCUUAUGUUCACAUUUUCUCCACAAACAAUAGUUUUAAUAAUUUUGAUAGAUCUUUCUACGGAGACAUAAAUGCAUCAGAUAUAUAUUAAUUAUAUUCAACAACAGCACAGUUCUUACGAGAGUGGUUUAAUUGUAUCACUAGUCUCCCAAUUACGCUGUUGAUUCAAUCCAUGCAUUAAGAAUUUCAAAUCAUAUCCACAAAAUAAAUGAAUCAAUGGUAAAUUGAGUGUGGAACACGCGACCUUAAACUCUAUUUGAUUUGAUUAUAAAUUUGUUACGGAUUACAAAUUUAAUAGAGUUAAUUUUUGCCCUUUUCACCAUUCCGUCUUUGCGUAUUGCAGAGUUUUCUGCUCUUGUGAGAAGGUAUUGAUUGUUACGUCAUUUGUUU